CUGCAGAGCCAACGCCAUCACACUGAGCGGCUACGGCGAGCAGGACGGCGACAGCAGGGCCACCAUAGCAGUGCAGUCUUUUAUUACUGUCACAUUAUUUUAUUAUAACGACCAUGGAAUAUAGCGCUGCGGACUAUUAGACGUCUCUGAACUGGGCCUCUGUUUUGGCGGCGCACAACGCAAUGUGGAGGAAAUAAAGAUCCUGAUACGCUGAAAACCAGAGAUUAUAGAUAAUGGGCUGUGUGCAAUGCAAGGAUAAGGAGGCAACCAAACUGACAGAUGACCGAGACAACAGCAUCUCCCAGGGAGCGGGCUACCGCUAUGGGGCCGACCCCACGCCACAGCACUACCCCAACUUCGGGGUCACCGCCAUCCCCAACUACAACAACUUCCAUGCUCCUGUAGGACAGGGGAUGACCGUCUUCGGGGGAGUCAGCACUUCCUCACACACGGGAACGCUGAGGACCCGUGGUGGAACAGGAGUCACCCUCUUUGUGGCACUUUAUGACUACGAGGCACGGACAGAAGAUGACCUCAGCUUCAAGAAGGGAGAGAGGUUCCAGAUUAUCAACAGCACUGAAGGGGACUGGUGGGAUGCUCGCUCCCUCACUACCGGUGGCAGCGGCUACAUUCCCAGUAAUUAUGUGGCUCCAGUGGACUCUAUCCAGGCUGAAGACUGGUACUUUGGUAAACUGGGCCGUAAGGAUGCAGAGAGGCAGCUACUGUCUACUGGCAACCCUCGAGGCACCUAUCUCAUCCGAGAAAGUGAAACCACAAAGGGUGCCUUUUCCUUAUCCAUACGGGACUGGGAUGAUCUCAAGGGCGACCACGUCAAGCAUUAUAAGAUCCGCAAGCUAGACAGCGGCGGCUACUACAUCACCACCAGGGCUCAGUUUGAAACACUGCAGCAGCUGGUUCAGCACUACUCAGAUCGAGCCGCGGGGCUCUGCUGUCGCUUGGUGGUUCCCUGCCACAAAGGCAUGCCCCGCCUCGCUGACCUGUCCGUCAAAACCAAAGACGUGUGGGAGAUCCCACGGGAGUCGCUGCAGCUGAUCAAGCGUCUCGGGAAUGGGCAGUUUGGGGAGGUUUGGAUGGAGAGUGCAGAUGGUUUGUGCUUUAAUUUAACGGGCGUGUGUGUGAACUACAUCCCUGACACUGUGGGCUUGAGUCAUGAUGCCUGGGAGAUCAGCAGAGACGCACUUGAGUUGGAAGUAAAGCUGGGAACAGGAUGUUUUGCUGAUGUGUUUUAUGGAACGUGGAAUGGCACCACUAAGGUGGCAGUGAAGACUCUGAAGCCUGGCACGAUGUCCCCAGAGUCCUUCCUGGAGGAGGCUCAGAUCAUGAAGAAACUCCGUCAUGAUAAGCUGGUGCAGCUUUACGCCGUCGUGUCUGAGGAGCCCAUUUACAUCGUCACAGAGUACAUGGGCAAAGGAAGCUUGCUGGACUUUUUAAAGGAUGGAGAAGGACGAGGGUUAAAACUGCCUAACCUGGUGGACAUGGCGGCACAGGUGGCAGCAGGUAUGGCCUACAUUGAGAGGAUGAACUACAUCCACAGAGACCUACGCUCUGCUAACAUCCUGGUCGGCGACAACCUGGUGUGCAAGAUCGCCGACUUUGGCCUGGCAAGGCUCAUCGAAGACAACGAAUACACAGCUCGGCAAGGUGCAAAGUUUCCCAUCAAGUGGACCGCCCCAGAGGCCGCGUUGUACGGGAAGUUUACCAUCAAGUCAGACGUGUGGUCGUUCGGCAUCCUGCUGACGGAGCUGGUCACCAAGGGUCGGGUGCCUUACCCAGGUAUGAACAACCGAGAGGUGCUGGAGCAGGUGGAGCGGGGCUACAGGAUGCCGUGCCCACAGGACUGCCCCAUUUCGCUGCACGAGCUGAUGCUACAGUGCUGGAAGAAGGACGCAGAGGAGCGGCCCACCUUUGAGUACUUGCAAGCCUUCUUGGAAGACUACUUCACAGCCACCGAGCCUCAGUACCAGCCCGGGGACAACCUCUAACCCACCGCUACCACCCCCCACACCCUGUUCUUGCUUUCUCUCUCUGUCUCUCUCUCUCUCCCUCUCUCUCUCUCGGGGUCAGCUCGAGGCCUGGACACGAUUGGCUACAGCAGUGCUAUAUAAAAAACAAAACAAAAACAAAAAAACUCUGGAUCCUUUUCAGCCUGGCCUUUUUAUGUUAGGGAUGUGUACAGCUUCCUCAGCUCAACUUGGGUUCCAAUACAAACCCCCUGACGACACCGCCCUCAGUCUCCGACACGCCCCCUAGCGUCUGAACUCUGUAAAUGCCAUAGUUAACAAAGCUGAUGGAACUGGGGUUAACUGGGGGUUGUGCUAAUGCAGUUCCUUGUAUUCAAUGUAAAUAAGAAAAGCUUGUUUUAGUUUGUCUGCUUCCGUUUCAGAUUUUAUUUUCUUCUGCACAAAAGUAAUAAUAAUAAUUAAAGGAAGUCAAGUACCUGAGGAGGCACAGUUAAUCUGUAUGUGUAUUAUACUGUAGCUUCUCUAUUAUUUUCUAGAGAUUGAAUUGGAAGGCUCUAUAUUUUUUUCUCAUUUCCUAUAAAAGAGAAUUAAUCGCUUUAUUCUCUACUUUUCAGUUACACGUGUUAUUGCAUAAAGUUUCUCCUGGUGAGCAUGACACAGUCCACCUCUUUUUUUUUUCUUUUUUUUUGCCUUCCCGUCACAAAAGCUUCUAGUUAGGCUGCUGCUGCUGCAGGUUCUUUUACAAACGAUCUGCCACAUUUUUGUAAAUCACAGCAACGUACAAGGAUUUUGACAUAUCCCUCAUUGCUAUUUGGGUGGAAAUGUUUCUGUCUUUAUACCACUGGUGUGUUAUUUUGUAGCUGGGAGACAAGAAGGAUUUUCAUUUAAGAGUAUAAAUGUCUUUGAUUGAGAAUCUUCAUUUUGAAACAGAUCGUGGGGUUUUUCCUCCUGCACGUCCUCCACCCGAGCCUGCAGGAUCAACAGGCUGCACCUGAACCAGGACCAUCUUACCUCCUGAGCUGCUUCUUCUUUUAUGUUUAAGUGACACGAUUAUAUUGAGUCUUUGAUUUUAUUUAACCCUUUUAGGUGAUCCUUCGAGAGACAUUUGGACUAUAUGAUCAGGGGAGCUCUGGACCAGUUCAUGUGACAGGAGUCUGAAUGUGAAACGCAUUGAAAAUAAAUUGAAACCAGCUCUGGUCUGGUCUGGUCUUAAUGCAGAUGGUAUCACAGCCAUUGAUAAAUCCUCAUUUUUCAGUUGUACAGCUAAAUGGGUUUUAAGUGUCGCUAACUUCUCUCCUUUGUAUCUUUCAUUUCCAUUUUUUAUUAACAUGACUCGUUUUGUUAAUUCAGUGAUUUGGCGUUUGGAACUCAGAAAAGACCAAUAAACAUUUUACACUCUUUCCAAGACA